ACCCCUAUCCAGCGCGAGAGCGGCAGUGCGGCGGCAGACCUCGCCGCCUCGGGUUCGUGCAGCAACCGCAAAGGAGCAGCAUCUCCGGCGAGGAUACCUUCCGGCGAGGACGCAGGGGACCACCUUCAGGCGGAUCCACAGUCAAGGAUGGACAAUCGUUUCAAUCCCUAUAACUGUGAUGGUGAGAACUCUCAGGCCUGUCCUGGGGCAGAACAGUGGCAAUUUCCUUUGGAUGAGAUUGAGGAAGGCACCAAUUCUCAGUUUGUCCGCAACUCUGGAGGGCAAUUUGAAUCGGGCGAAGCAAACUUUGGUUUUGUUCAAGAGGACCAGCGGCAUUCAAAUUUGGAGGCCAAUGAUUCAAUGCUGCAAAUGCCAGCUCCUAGACAAAGGAAGGGAACUAGCAAAAGGGUGUCUCAGCGAGGCAAAGCGUUCAGCAAAGAAGAGGACAAAACAAUAUGUUCUGCAUUUUUGAAUGUCAGCAAAGACCCUGUGACUGGGACAAACCAAUCUAGUGGAGGUUACUACCAAAGGAUGCAUCAGUAUUUUUUGGAGAACCUUGGAGCACAUUCAACCAGAAGUCAUAAAGCCGUCCAGCAUCGAUGGAUGGCUAUCCAGAAGGCGGUAAACAGAUUCAGUGGCUUCUUUUCUACCGUUCAGAGGCUGGAUGAGAGUGGCAAAACUGAAGAAAACCAGAUUGAUGAUGCAGUCAAAAUGUUUGAAGAAACAGAAACAUGGACACUCAGGCACUGCUGGAACAUACUGCGUCAUGAGCCUAAGUGGAGUGACAAAAUGUUAGAAAUCAACUCAGUGGGCAUGGGCACACGAGUGAAUGGCGUAGCUGUUGAUGAUGUUGGUAAACCGGUGUCUGGGGCAAAUGCAGACACUACAGCACGUCCUGAAGCACUCCCUAGCCCUUGGCGGCCUCAAAUAUUCUGCCUCAUAAACAUCUAUGACUGUCUCGACAAAUUCCAAAAGGGUCCUAAUCACAGUGCUUUCUGCCAUUGCAUAGGUGUCAUCUAAAGCAUCAGCAGGGCCCCCAUAGGCCAACAUCCUCAUGGCAACUAAACACUUGUGAAUUGGUGCAAACCCUUUUUGGCCUGAAGCAUUUUUUUCUGGAUAAAAUAACUGUUCCGGGCUGUGACAUCCUCAACAAUGCGAAGGAACAGAGAUUUACGCAUCCUAAACCUACAAGUGGUAGUGGGUCAUUAACAAUGUCAGAUAAAACAUUAUGUCCAACCUGCUGACAUGCAUGAUUCAGGAGAAUUUAGUCUCAUUCAGGCCUUACCUUCUCCGGAAUAAAAUGUCGCCAUACAAGGGUGGAUCGUUGAAGUAAUUUCGUUGUAUUAGCUCAUACAUCUCAUCUCUUUCUCUGUCUUUGACUUCGUGACCAAUGACAGAUCCUCCCCAUGGACGUUUCUUACUCCAACGCAUUGAUGCAACCAGUGCUGUGGCUUGCAGAUCUUCGUCUUGUCUACGGUUCGCGGCAGCAGUCCCACAUAUCGACAUUUUGAGGUACCUCCAUGCCAUCUCCUC